CGCAGCCGCCUGUUCACCUUCCAUCUCUAGACUCCCUUAUAUAUAUGUCCAUAACACAUUAAACAAGAGCAAAAGAAACACAAUUAAAUUUGGUUCUUCUUAGCCUUUUUCAAAGCCAAUUCAUGGCGGAAAAUAGCAAAAUCAUCCCUCUUGCACCACCAAGAAAAUAUCUCAACAGCGAUCAAGAGAUGAAUCUCAGUAAACCUAUCAAUUUUUACAACAACAAGAAGAAUCAAAGAAGCAGCAAGUGUUUCGUGCACUUCCUGUCUACUAUCGUCUUAAUAAGCAUAGUCAUGCUAAUUUUCUCGAUGAUAUUUUUGCGUUUCAAAUCUCCAUCUUUCGAGCUCGACCUCAUCAACGUGCAAAAUCUUCGAUUUACAAAUUCUACCAAUUCGUCUUCGUUUAGCAUGAUCAUGGGAGCUGAAAUCGUCGUAGACAAUGAAAACUUUGGUCGAAUUAAUUUUGAAGAUAGUAGCAUGAGUGUUUUUUUGUACGAUAAUAUUACGAUUGGUUUUGCGAACAUUAACGUUGGUCGGGUCGAUGCUAGGAAGUCCAAGAGAAUGGGAAUAUCAUUGAAAGUGAGAGCUAAUGAUCAAUUGAAUCAUAGUAAUUGGAAUUUGAGCAGUGAUAUAAAUUCAAGAACGGUGAAAUUGACAAGUUUUGGUGAGUUUAGGGGAAAAGUGAAGGCUAUGAAGAUUAUUAGUAGGCAUAAAAUUUCAGUGAUGAAUUGUACCAUGAAUCUAAAUUUGACAAGCCAAGCAAUCCAAGAUCUCCUCUGCAGUUGAUUUAUUUGCUUUCUUUUGUGUAUAUCUCAGCUUGAUUUAUAUUUUCUUUUUCUGACUCUUUAAUUGCAGGAUUUCAUGUUUAUAAUAUAGAGAGCACACUGAAGGCUUUUUCAUAAUUUUUUUCAUUGAAAUUCUUUUAAUAAUUUUUCCUCAACUUCAUAUUCCAUCCUGCACUAAAACAAUAGAAUCACGUAAAUCUAGUAACUUUUAGUCAAAUUUUGUACUUGUAUUAACAAAUCUAUAAAUUUUUAAUUAUGAACUCAGUGCAUAUUGUAUAUUAACUCAAAGUUAUUAUACGUAACCCAUAAACUUCAAAUUCUAGAUUCGUCUUUAGUACUAAACCUAAGUAAUCAAACAUGAGUGUCUUUUUACUUUUUUUUUUCUUUGUCGCCUUUUGAGUUUGCAUAGGAGUGGGUACUAGCUUUAUUCAA